AUGUCUUCUCCCAAACCUGACACUCUGCUCUUCUUCGUCAACGGAAAGAAGGUGGAAGAGAGGAAUGCUGAUCCCGAGACCAUGCUGCUGUUCUACCUCCGAGACAAAUUGCGUCUGACCGGGUCCAAGUCCGGCUGUGGAGGAGGGGCCUGCGGGGCCUGCACUGUCAUGGUGUCCCGCUACCAGCCGCGCACCAGAACCAUCCUUCACUUCUCUGCCACAGCGUGUCUCGUGCCCAUCGUGCAGCUCCAUGGAGCAGCAGUCACCACCGUGGAGGGCAUCGGCAGCACCAAGACACGACUCCACCCUGUGCAGGAGAGAAUAGCUAAAGCUAACGGCUCUCAGUGUGGCUUCUGCACUCCUGGGAUGGUCAUGUCCAUGUACACUCUGCUGAGGAACAAGCCCCAGCCCAGUUUGGAGGACGUCAGGGAGGCUCUGUCUGGUAAUCUGUGCCGCUGCACCGGGUACAGACCCAUUGUUGACGGCUACAGGACUUUCUGUCAGGAGGCCAACUGUUGUCAGGGCAACGGAGUCUGUCGUCAGGGCAACGGAGACUGUUGUCAGGGCAACGGAGACUGUAGUCUGGACGACGGAGACUGUCGUCGGGACAACGGAGAUUGUUGUCAGAGCAACAGAGACGGAGCUGAGCCUAACUUUCUUCAGGAAAAACCACAGCUGUUUGAAAAAGAAGACUUUCAGCCUCUGGACCCCACUCAGGAGUUCAUCUUUCCCCCAGAACUCAUCCUGAUGGGGGACAGGGACAGUGUCCCAAAGACACUGUCCUUCUGUGGGGAGAGGACGAGGCUGCUGUGCCCUGGUUCUCUGGAGGAGCUGCUGGAGCUCAAGGCUAAGCACCCUGAGGCCCCUCUGCUGAUGGGGAACACACACCUGGGGCCCAGUAUGAAGUUUAAAGGUGUCCUCCACACACUGAUGAUCUCUCCAAUCAGAGUUCAGGAGCUGUUUGAGGUCACACACACUUCAGAGGGUGUGUGGGUGGGAGCCGGCUGCUCUCUGUCGGAGCUCUUAACUCUUCUACAGAAGAUCAUCUGUGAGAGUGGUGCUGAGCGCUCAGAGCUGUUCAGAGCCCUCACCAAACAGCUCAAGAACCUGGGCAGUCAGCAGGUCCGCAACCAGGCUUCUCUCGGAGGUCACAUCAUGAGUGCUUUUCCAAACUCAGACCUGAACCCAGUUCUCGCUGCAGGAAACUGUAAAGUGUCUGUGGCUUCUAGCUCCGACAGACGGGAGCUGCCCCUGAACCAGGACUUCUUUGUGAGUUUUGGAAAGACCCUGGUGAGACCGGAGGAGGUCGUGCUGUCUGUCUUCAUCCCCUUCACCUCAAAGGGGGAGCUGGUGAGUGCUCUCCGUCACGCUCCUCGUAAAGAGAGUGCCUUCUCCACUGUGACGUGUGGCAUGCGGGUGCUGUUCUGUGAGGGCUCCUCUGUGGUCCGUGACAUCAGCCUGUACUAUGGAGGAGUGGGACCGACCACAGUCAAAGCUGCUCAGACCUGUCGAGCUCUCAUCAACAAAGAGUGGAGCGAGUCUGUUCUGUCCCGGGCCUAUGACGUCCUGUUGGAGGAGCUGGAGCUGCCCCCAUCUGCUCCGGGGGGGAAGGUGCAGUUCAGAAGAGUCCUGACCCUCACUUUGUUCUUCAAGUUUCACCUGGAGCUCCUGCACAAGCUCAAACACAUGGGUUGGAUCAGUGGAGAGGUUCCUCAGAGGCUCCUCCCUCUGCCCUCAUACAUCCAGCCCAGUGUGCAGCACUUUCAGACCGUGUCCGACUCUCAGAAGUCCCAUGAUGCCGUGGGGCGGCCUAUCAUGCACAAGGCGGCUCUGAGCCAGGCCACAGGAGAGGCGGUGUACUGCGAUGACCUGCCGUCACCACCAGGGGAGCUCCACCUGGCUCUGGUCACCAGCUCCAGAGCAUACGCCAACAUCAAACAGCUGGAUGUGUCUGCUGCUCUGCAGAUGCCUGGUGUGGUGGACGUGAUCACAGCUGAAGAUAUUCCAGGGAAGAAAGUGCGAACAGACUUUGGCUACGAUGAAGACAUACUGGCCCAGAACCAAGUGCUGUGUGUCGGGCAGAUGGUGUGUGCUGUGGUGGCAGAUACUAAAGCUCACGCUAAAAGAGGAGCAGCCGUUGUGAGAGUCCAGUAUGAAGACCUGCCUGACCCCAUCUUCACCAUCGAGGAGGCCAUAGAGAGAGCGUCUUUUUACGAGCCUCGGAGGAGCCUUGAACGAGGGAAUGUGACUGAAGCCUUCAGAAGCGUGGAUCACAUUUAUGAAGGGGGCAUCCGUCUGGGGGGGCAGGAGCACUUCUACAUGGAGACCCAGAGCACCCUGGUGGUCCCAUUGGGGGAGGAGCAGGAGUUCCACCUCUACGUGUCCACACAGUGGCCCACAAGCACACAGGUGGCAGUCGCAGAGACUCUGUCCAUCCCGUCCAACAGAGUGGUGUGUCAUGUGAAGAGGCUGGGAGGAGCCUUUGGGGGAAAAGUCACCAAAACUGCCAUCCUCACGUCCAUCGCGGCUGUGGCAGCCUGGAAAACAAACCGAGCGGUCCGCUGUGUGCUGGAGCGUGGAGAUGACAUGCUGAUCACAGGAGGGCGCCACCCGGUGGUGGCCAAGUACAAGGUUGGAUUCAUGAAUGACGGCAGAAUCAUUGCUGCUGAUCUGGAGUAUUUUGCCAACGCUGGUUUUUCUGUGGAUGAAUCUUUAACGGUCGUAGAGAAGAUGAUUGUGCAAAUGGACAACGCCUACAACAUCCCUCACCUGCGCGGCUCCGGAGCUGCCUGUCGCACCAACCUCCGCUCCAACACGGCCUUCAGAGGCUUUGGCGUGCCCCAGAGCUGCAUGGUCAUGGAGAACAUGGUGACUGAUGUUGCCAUGGCGCUGGCCAUGCCCGCAGACAAGGUGCGUGAGCUGAACAUGUACAGAGGCCCCUCCCUCACUUACCACAAGAUGGAGUUCAACGCUGAGAACCUGCAUCUCUGUUGGGACGAGUGCAAGAGGAGGAGUGACUUUGAGGCCCGCCGUCGCGCUGUGGAACUAUUCAAUAAACAAAACCAGUGGAAGAAAAGGGGCGUGGCCAUCGUACCCAUCAGAUACGGCAUCGCCUUUUCAGAGGGAUUUCUGAACCAGGCGGCGUCUCUGGUCCACAUCUACAGCGACGGCUCGGUGCUGGUGGCUCACGCUGGGACAGAGAUGGGACAGGGCAUACACACUAAAAUGCAGCAGGUGGCCAGUCGGGAGCUGCACAUUCCCAUCUCUAAGAUCUACAUCAGUGAGACCAGCACCAGCUCCGUCCCCAACACCUGUCCCUCCGCUGCGUCCUUUGGCACCGACGCCAACGGAAUGGCUGUGAAGGACGCCUGUCAGAUCCUGUAUCAGAGACUUAGGCCUGUCAUGCAGAAGAACCCUGAAGGAUCAUGGGAAAGUUGGGUGAAGGCGGCCUUCUUUGAUAAGAUCAGCCUGUCUGCCACUGGAUACUACAGAGGGCCGGACACAUACAUGGACUGGGAGCAGAUGGAGGGGAGGCCGUACUCCUACUUCACAUACGGAGUCUGCUUCAGUGAAGUGGAGCUGGACUGUCUGACCGGGGACUACAGAACGCUGAGGACAGAUAUCGUGAUGGACAUCGGCAGAAGCAUCAACCCCUCUGUGGACAUCGGACAGAUCGAGGGAGCGUUCAUGCAGGGCCUGGGCUUGUACACUUUGGAGGAGCUGAAGUUUGGUCCUUCUGGGCUCCUGUACACUCGAGGACCAUCUCAGUACAAGAUCCCUGCGCUGUGUGACAUGCCUUUGUCCUUUAACGUCUACCUGCUGCCGGACUCUGACAACCCCCACGCCAUCUACUCCUCUAAGGGCAUCGGAGAGCCAGCCGUGUUCUUGGGAAGUGCCGUGUUCUUUGCCAUUAAAGACGCCGUGUCCGCAGCGCGCUCAGACUCAGGUCUGUCCGGUCCCUUCUCUCUGGACAGUCCGGCCACAGCGGAGCGCGCCUGCCUGGCUGCUGCCUCCACAUUCACCCACAAGGUCCCAGUCUGUGAACCAGGAUCCUUCAAACCCUGGGCCUUGGAAAUCUGA